AUUCGAGGAAACCGAAGCUUCAGUUCCCUUCCUCUGUGCCAUUGAGGGAAGAUGCCACUGAGCGCCAGGCAGCCAAAGCAGAGCUCAGACUUAACACAGCCCCUGCUGCUCUGCUUGGACAGAGCUUUAACUUCUGAUGGGCUCUUUCAGUACUGCCUGUGUCUGAGGUGGAAGCACAUUUUUUCCCUGUGCAAGCCCAGUGACUUCUUAUCAGGAAGAGUUUUCUGUUCGUGGAGUUUCACAGUGGAACAUAUUGAAGUUCAACUCAUUCAUGUUCCUCAUGACAAAGAAAUCAGGAUUUGCUGGGAAAUAGUUAAGCAGCAGUAGAGAGACACAACUCCACCUGAUGUUAACAAAGUUCAGUCAGUCUGCAGUUGUUUUGAUUUGGGAAUUUCUGUCAGCAUUUUAUAUUCUGCACUUAGACUUCCACUGCCCCAAGGAGACAGUUCCAUUCGCAUCUAGAUUCUCUUCCUUUUGAAGGACUUGCCCUAUAUCUACAUUUCACAGGUGGCUCCAAGCUCUGUUCCAAAAAAACAAAAUGUCGUUCAGCCCACUGCAUGGGCACAGUGCUUUCGUGUACAAUUCAGAACCCACCCUGUGCAAAAAUCAGACUUCUGGAUACCAACACUGCAAAGCGCUGAAUAAAGAGUAUGAAGAGUAUGUUCUAACAGUGGGGGACUUUGAUGAGAGAGUUUUCCUAGGAGCGGAUGCUGAGGAAGAAAUUGGCACUCCUCGGAAGUUUCCUGCAGAUUUGCAAGUGGGGAAAACAGCAGCAAGAGCUCACGUGGAGUGUCACCUGCAGCAGCACUUCGAAAAGAAAAGGUCAUUUGCACCUUCAACUCCGCUGACUGGAAGAAGAUACCUACGAGAAAAGGAAGCUGUCAUCACUCCUGUUGCUUCAGCCACACAAAGUGUGAGUCGGUUGCAGAACAUUGUGGCUGGGUUGAAAAAUGCACCUAGUGACCUGCUUAUAGCUAUUUUUGAGUCUUGUGCACGCAGCCCUGCAGAAAGCAUCAUGAACAGAGUGAGAGAAAUAGGGGAGGCGUUCUGUCAUAGCUACACUCAGCCAACAGAUGAACUGCCAGGAUCUCAUAUAGAUUUUGCUGUAAACAGAUUAAAACUGGCAGAGAUAUUGUACUAUAAGAUCUUGGAGACUAUAAUGGUACAAGAAAUGCGAAGACUGCAUGGGAAGGACAUGACUGCUCUCUUGGAACAAGAUGUGUUUCACCGCUCCCUCAUGGCGUGCUGCUUGGAGAUCGUGCUUUUUGCAUACAGCUCUCCUCGCACCUUUCCCUGGAUAAUCGAAGUGCUCGACCUGAGGCCAUUCUAUUUCUACAAGGUAAUUGAAGUACUGAUUCGGUCUGAAGAAGGACUUUCCAGAGACAUGGUGAAGCACCUCAACAGCAUUGAGGAGCAAAUCCUUGAGAGCCUUGCCUGGACUCGGGAUUCAGCGCUCUGGACUGCUCUCCAGGCUUCAGGAAACAGGGUUCCCACCUGUGAAGAAGUAAUAUUUCCCAAUAAUUUUGAAGCAAACAAUGGAGGAAGUGGGCUUGGGCAUUUGCCUAUGAUGCCAAUAUCUCCUAUAGUUCAUCCUCGAGUAAAAGAGGUUCGGACAGAUCUUGGUGGGAGUUUAAGACGAGACACUCAGCCAUUGUCACCAAUCUCUGUGCAUGAGCGCUACAGUUCCCCUACAGCAGGAAGUGCCAAGAGAAGACUCUUUGGAGAUGACAGCCCCAAAGAAAUGCAGAUGGAAAAGAUUUUAACAGAGGGAACUAAAUUGACAAUUGCUCCAGCAUCAAGCAUUGCUGCUGAAAAUGUGUCCAUCUCUCCUGGGCAGACAGUACUGACUGUGACAACAGCAACGGUAGCAGGAAAAGCAGGACAGAAAGUUACUAUUCCACUGCAUGGUAUCACAAACGAGUUGGGUGGGAUCACAUUGAUACCCAUUUCAAUGAAUCUAGGUCAGGCACCUAAAAUAGAGGCUCAGAAUCCCUGCCACCCUCAGGUGAAUCAGGAUCAAGAAGUGCAUCUCUCAUCAGGAAACAAACCAAAGAAAACAGGAUCCUUGGCGCUAUUUUACAGGAAGGUUUACCACCUGGCAAGUGUGCGCCUGCGUGAUCUGUGCUUAAAGUUGGAUGUCUCCAAUGACUUGCGCAGGAAGAUCUGGACGUGCUUUGAAUUCACAUUGGUUCAUUGUGCUGAUCUAAUGAAGGACAGACAUUUAGACCAGCUUCUCCUCUGUGCCUUUUAUAUCAUGGCAAAGGUCACCAAAGAGGAAAGAACUUUUCAGGAUAUAAUGAAAAGUUACAGGAAUCAGCCACAAGCAAACAGCCAUGUUUAUAGGAGUGUUUUGUUAAGAAAUACUUCUGCCAGUGUCCUUUUGGAGAGAAAUGCAAACCAAGAUGUACAGAUGACAGAAGACUCAUCUGUGAAAAGUGGUAAUUCCUUGGGAAGAUCGGCAGCAGAGAAUUCCACUGAGCUGGGAAUGGAGGAGAGAGGAGAUCUCAUUAAAUUUUACAAUGCAGUCUAUGUAGGAAGAGUAAAAUCUUUUGCACUGAAGUACGAUAUCGCAAACCAGGAUCAUGUAAUGGAAGCCCCCCCCUUGUCUCCGUUCCCCAGCAUUAAGCAGCAGCCGGUGUCUCCUCGGCGGAUCUCUCAGCAGCACUCUGUUUAUGUCUCACCUCACAAGAACAGUGCCUGCUUGACGCCUCGAACUGCGCUCCUGUACAAAUUCAGCGGGAGCCCUUCCAAGAGCUUGAAGGAUAUCAACAAUAUGAUAAAACAAGGUGAACACAGGAGUAAGAAACGAGCAAUAACAAUUGAUAGCGACACUGAGCCCCCUAUGAAGCGACUCUGCCAGGAAAAUGACGAUGUUCUACUGAAGCGCCUUCAGGAUGUUGUCAGUGAAAGAGCAAAUCACUAAAGCUGCCAGUUUUCUGUGGGAUCUCAGAGCUAUCUUGAACAGGUUGAUAGAGCAGUAGUGCUAUUGCUUCCUUAUAAGAUGUGGUAUAUGCAGACUGCAGACUGCCUAGUUUGGUUAACAUUGAACCUCUGACUUUCACAGGAUGCAGGAAGCAAGAGUUAGGUAGUAAGUAAUGGAGAAUGGAAGGUGGUUUUAUUCCCAGAGAACACACUGUACUGUAAAUUACUCCCUUGAGCUGUUUUAGGAAAAGAGUGAUCUGCAGAAAGCUGUGAUGGAUGAUCUUGAGCCUAAUCUAGAGUAUUUAAGUUCUGAGUGUAACUCAGCUUCUGGUAACCAUUUUAUUUUUAGAAUUAAAACGGUAAGGAAAUGAGUGAAGUCGGUUAAGUUUCUCAAGCAUUGGUACUGGAGGUAGAAACUUUGAAAGUGCCUUAUUUCUAAAAGAAUGUGGAGCAACUGGAGAGGAGAACAGAUUGAUUCAGUCUCAGAAAGAAUGGAACAGUUCUGAAGUGUAUGACUUGAUGUCCUGUGCUAUUAUCUCCAGUCAGAGCUUCAGCAAAAGUGUAUGUUGCAACAUGGAUCAGAGCGUAGAA